AUGCAAAUAGGCUUCUUCACCCCAGAUGAAAUGCAAAUAGGCUUCUUCACCCCAGAUGAAAUGCAAAUAGGCUUCUUCACCCCAGAUCUCUCAUCUCCAGCUGCGCCUCCCCCACCCGCUCGCCCCCACCGCUUCCUUCAGCCUUCUUCAGUCCUCUUCUGCCUCCCGAUCCCUCCCCGCCCCGCCCUCUGCGGCGCCUCCCGGCUCCGCCGUCCCACCCAGCUGUGCCUCUUCCCUCCUCCAGAUGUGCACCCUUCCCGCCCCUCCCCACUCACCUACCCGCCCCGGAGCGGCGUCCGCCUCCCACAAUGCCCCGCGCCGAGGCCGUGCCGGGCCCUCGCUCCCGGAAUGCCUCGCGCGAUCUCCCGCCUCUCUUCCCGCCGUGCCUCGCGCAGCGGCCUCCCCACACCCACCCCGCACCCGGAAUCGCUCUUUCCCGCUGGCCACUUCUGCCCACCCCGCACCCGGAAUCGCUCUUUCCCGCUGGCCACUUCUUGGACCCGCAGCCCCACCUCCCCGCCCCCGGCCGCGAAGUCUGCGCGCGAACGCCGUGGCGCGAAUUUGGGACUGCAGUCGCGCGCUAAGCGGAUCCGGACAGCGGCGCGCGGAGCGGACACGAGGUCAUUUUUCCAACCUAAGAAGGAGGAGGGCAAAGCCAAGAAGCGGGAGAAGGAGCCUUCCAGUGCAGGUGGCAAAGAAGCAGCCCCUCCUUCCAAGGUGGCACUGAAGGAACGUAAUGGAGUGGUGCCCGAAAGUGAGUCCCCCGUGAAGAGGCCAGCCAGGAAGGUGACCCAGGUCCUGGGCAGUGAGGGGGAGGAUGAGGAGGACAGCACCCCCAUGGUGCAGGAAGUCCAGAAGCCUGCCCCCGGCUCUCCGCAGACCUCCUUCCCUGAUCCUGUCUCGUCUCCGGAGAACAGCCCCACUCUCCCCAACACCUCCCCCAUGGACUUGGGCCCCUCAGGGAUCCCAAAGCGGCGCACAGCUCGGAAGCAGCUAUCGAAACGGAAAAUCCAGGAGGUCCUGGAAGAGCCAAAUGAAGACAAGGAAAGAAAGGCCAAGAGGAAGACGGAGGAGAGAGAGGAGAAAAGAGAGAAAGGGGAAGCACCUGUCCCAGCUGAGAACAGCACAGCGCCUGACGUGGCAAAAGAGAAGGCCGGAGAGGACAGGGACCCACCCAGGACGUCCCCCGACCGCUGCCAGACUGCCAAAGCAGAGACCCCAGCAGCAACUGCCUCCGAGCCUGCAGUGGACGAGAAGAACUCGCGGGAGCGUGACCAGAGCAAGCCUGCCCCCCGGCCUCCCAAGACCAUCAGCAGCUUCUUCACUCCUCGAAAACCAGCCACCAAAAAAGAAGGGACAGAAGAGGACGCUGGCGCCCCUGGGAAGGGGGAGUCUCAGGGGCCCCUGGACCCAGCCCGCUACAAUCCUGCCAAGAAUAAUUACCACCCUGUGGAGGAUGCCUGCUGGAAACCUGGCCAGAAGGUCCCCUAUCUGGCGGUGGCCCGGACCUUUGAGAAGAUCGAGGAGGUUUCUGCACGGCUCCGGAUGGUGGAGACCCUGAGCAACCUGCUACGUUCCGUGGUGGCCCUGUCCCCGCCAGACCUCCUCCCCGUCCUCUACCUCAGCCUCAACCUCCUCGGGCCCCCCCAGCAGGGGCUGGAGCUUGGCGUCGGGGACGGCGUCCUCCUCAAGGCAGUGGCCCAGGCCACGGGCCGGCAGCUGGAGUCGAUCCGAGCAGAGGCAGCCGAGAAGGGUGACGUGGGGCUGGUGGCCGAGAGCAGCCGCAGCACACAGAGGAUCAUGCUGCCCCCUCCGCCACUCACCGCCGCCGGGGUCUUCACCAAGUUCCGGGACAUCGCCCGGCUGGCCGGCAGUACGUCCACAGCCAAGAAGAUAGAGGUCAUCAAAGGCCUCUUUGUGGCCUGCCGUCACUCAGAGGCCCGAUUCAUCGCACGGUCCCUGAGCGGCCGGCUGCGCCUCGGGCUGGCAGAGCAGUCGGUCCUGGCCGCCCUGGCCCAGGCCGUGAGCCUCACACCUCCCGGCCAAGAAUUCCCCCCUGCCGUGGUGGAUGCCGGGAAGGGCAGGACAGCAGAGGCCAGAAAGUCGUGGCUGGAUGAGCAGGGCAUGGUCCUGAAGCAGACAUUCAGCGAGGUUCCGGACCUGGACCGCAUCGUGCCGGUGCUCCUGGAGCACGGCCUGGAGCGGCUGCCGGAGCACUGCAGACUGAGCCCAGGGGUCCCCUUGAAACCCAUGUUGGCCCACCCCACUCGGGGCGUCAGCGAGGUCCUGAAGCGCUUCGAGGAGGCAGCUUUCACCUGCGAGUACAAAUAUGAUGGGCAGCGUGCACAGAUCCAUGUCCGGGAAGACGGGGAGGUAAAGAUCUUCAGUCGGAAUCAGGAAGACAACACCGGGAAGUACCCCGACAUCAUCAGCCGCAUCCCCAAGAUAAAGCGCCCGUCCGUCACCUCCUUCAUUCUGGACACGGAGGCCGUGGCGUGGGACCGGGGAAAGAAGCAAAUCCAGCCCUUCCAAGUGCUCACCACCCGCAAGCGCAAGGACGUGGACGCAUCGGAGAUCCAGGUGCAGGUGUGUUUGUACGCCUUCGACCUCAUCUACCUCAACGGAGAGUCCCUGGUUCGGGAGCCCCUCUCCCGGCGCCGGCAGCUGCUCCGGGACAACUUCGUGGAGACGGAGGGCGAGUUUGUCUUCGCCACCUCCCUGGACACCAAGGACACGGAGCAGAUCGCUGAGUUCCUGGAACAGUCGGUGCAAGACUCUUGCGAGGGGCUGAUGGUGAAGACCCUGGACGUGGACGCCACCUACGAGAUCGCCAAGAGGUCGCACAACUGGCUCAAGCUGAAGAAGGACUACCUGGAGGGCGUGGGCGACACCCUGGACCUCGUGGUGAUUGGCGCCUACCUGGGCCGGGGCAAGCGGGCCGGCCGCUACGGGGGCUUCCUCCUGGCCUCCUAUGACAAGGAGAGUGAGGAGCUGCAGGCUAUAUGCAAGAGAACCUGA